AUGGCCGCUCCAACCGCAACAACUCCCCUGCAGCUUGACCCCAAAUAUGACGACUAUGACUUUCCAACGAUCGCUCCAGUCCCCACGCCUGGGCAUCCAGGCCACUUGACGGCUGAGCAGCAGGCCCAGGUGUCGCAGCUCAGGCUCAUGCUCGAGUCCCAGGGCUACACUGAUCGUCUCGACACUCUGACUUUGCUCCGCUUCCUACGCGCACGCAAGUUCGAUGUCAAUGCUGCUCUCAAGAUGUUUGUCGACUGUGAGAAAUGGCGCAAGGAGAUCAAGCUCGACGAGAUUCUGCCGACCUGGGAUUACCCCGAGAAGGCCGAGAUAUUCAAGUAUUACCCUCAGUACUACCACAAGACGGAUAAGGACGGCCGGCCAGUCUACAUUGAGCAGCUUGGCAACGCCGAUAUAAACGCCAUGAACAAGAUCACAACGCAGGAGCGCAUGUUGACGAACCUGGCAGUCGAGUACGAGCGCGUGGCGGACCCGCGUCUACCCGCUUGCAGUCGCAAGGCUGGCCACCUGCUCGAGACGUGCUGCACCAUCAUGGACUUCAAGGGUGUUGGCAUCUCCAAGGCAUCGCAGGUUUACGGCUACGUGCGUGCGGCAUCCAACAUGUCUCAAAACUACUAUCCGGAGCGCCUCGGCCGCCUGUACCUGAUCAACACCCCAUGGGGCUUCAGCGGCGUCUGGAGCAUCGUCAAGGGUUGGCUCGACCCCGUUACGGUCCAGAAGAUUCACAUCCUGGGCAGCGGGUACCAGAAGGAGUUGCUGGCCCAGAUUCCCGCCGAGAACCUGCCCAAGAGCCUGGGUGGCACUUGCACCUGCCCCGGCGGUUGUGAGCUUUCGGAUGCUGGCCCAUGGAACGAGAAGGAGUGGGCUCGUCCCCCCAAGUGGGAGACGAGGUACAAGGAGAAGCUGGCCGGUACUUCUAAUGCUACUGCUGCUGCUCCGGCCGCCACCGAGGCUGCGCCUGCUGCCACCCCUGCUGCGGCUCCUGCUGCGCCUGCUGCUGAGGCCGAGGCUAAGCAGCCCGCUACCGCUUGA